AUGGAGCGUUACGUUGAAGUCAUGGCCAAUGGCGGCACAGGUCAGAAGCUCACAUACGCCACCACGGUGGUCGCAGGCGUUGCAUCUGUGGUUGCGACAAUACUAUCAGUAAUCUCAAUAAUGCUGCAAGCCAAAAAUUAUCGCAAACCUCUUCUGCAAAGAUACGUUGUCAGAAUCCUUCUUAUGGUGCCUAUAUAUUCGAUAGCAUCAUGGACCAGUAUGGUAUCCCUGAAAGCUGCCGCGUUCCUCGAUCCGAUCCGCGAUAUCUACGAAGCAUUCACAAUAUACACGUUCUUCCAGCUUCUCAUCAACUAUCUCAGUGGCGAGCGAUCUCUCAUCAUCAUGACACACGGCCGAGCCCCAGUGCAUCAUCUUUGGCCGCUCAACCAUGUCCUUCCCAAGGUUGAUAUUUCUGAUCCUCACACGUUUUUAUCGAUCAAGCGUGGCAUUCUCCAGUAUGCUUGGCUAAAGCCUAUCCUUGCCCUAUCGGCCAUCAUCAUGAAAGCAACAGGCACCUAUCAGGAAGGCUAUAUCGGCCUCACCUCAGGCUACCUGUGGAGUGGUAUCAUUUACAAUAUCAGUGUCACUGUCAGCCUGUACGCGCUCGGUCUUUUCUGGGUUUGCAUGAACAAAGACCUGAAGCCAUUUAGGCCUGUACCAAAAUUCCUAUGUAUCAAACUCAUCAUUUUUGCUUCAUACUGGCAGGGCUUCUUCCUAUCGAUUUUGGUUUUCCUUGGCGCGAUUCCUGACGAUGUUGAGGGGUACACAUCAGACAACCUUGCCGCGGCUAUCCAGGACGCUCUUAUAUGUGUAGAGAUGCCCAUCUUCGCAGUGGCUCACUGGUAUGCUUUUUCAUGGCACGAUUUUGCAGACAACAGCAUUUUAUCCGCACGCAUGCCACUGCGACACGCUUUCAAGGACGCAUUCGGUAUUAGAGAUCUUAUUGAAGACUCAAAGUUAACCUUCCGAGGAGAUACAUACGGCUAUAGGAUUUUUGAUUCCGGCGACAAAGUAAUGGCUCAUGAAGAUUCCAAAUCUCGGUUGGCGAGACUCAAGGAAGGCAUGAGAUAUGAGCGCGGUGGAAAGGGGAAGUACUGGCUACCCAAGCCAGGAGAGGUCAACUCCACUACGCCCCUCCUUCGGGGAAAUGGUGAAUCUAGCGACAAUCGACCCGAUCAAAUCAACGAGAACACACAUGGAACUUUUGAGGAACCAGAGGUGGAUGCUGACGAAGACCGUCUGUAUGAACAAGCACGACAGCUGGAGUAUGGCGACUGGAAUGUAAGUGAAAUCGGCCCCAUGAACAUUCACCGCUCUAAUUCGAAACAGUAUCCCGUAAUUACAGCUAGUGAACCAUUGAGGGAACGAUAUCGUUCUCCUGGAAGCUUCGGGGGGAGGUCUGCUUACAACAGUCCAUCGGUGAGGUCGCCUGCGGCGGAAUAUCCACCUACCAACAAAGGGAAGCAAAGGAGUAGCGCGCAUGCUCCUGCACGUACUCCUCAAGUAGAAACUCAGGCUGAGUCUGUUGUUACGAUCAAAAAGAAGAAGAAGCCGAAGAGAAUUGUCAAACACGAUGAACCGGACCCCAGCAAACUGGGCUUGAACAAGGGACCUCCAGCUCCCGUUGAGACUGCGCCGGUUGGUAGUCAUGAUGGACAAACCAGUCCGGGGAACAGUGGGUCUAGAACUGUGAACGAUGGUGGAGAUCAAUCGGAGCAUCGGACAGCCUCGAAUGAGUCGAGUCACGGAAUAGACGGGGAUGAGUUUCGUAAUGUUUGGGGGAAUGAUGAAGAAUCUAGAUAA